GCCGCCUCCUCAGUCCGCGCCGCCGCGAUGGCGGAGGACAGCGAGUCUGCGGCCAGCCAGCAGAGCCUGGAGCUGGACGACCAAGACACGUGCGGGAUAGACGGGGACAAUGAGGAAGAGACUGAGCACGCCAAAGGAAGUCCUGCAGGGGAUUUGGGAGCCAAAAAGAAAAAAAAGAAACAGAAGAGGAAAAAGGAGAAGCCUAAUUCUGGAGGCACCAAGUCCGACUCUGCAUCUGAUUCCCAGGAGAUUAAAAUUCAGCCGCCUUCAAAACACAACACCAUCUGGCAUCAGAUUUCAGCGGGAACAGCCAUGGCUUCCACCCAUCCCACCACCCUAGUGAAUCUGAGCCCUUCGCUCACCUUGAUCACUGAUGCAAAACUGGAGCCAAACAAGGCAGGAGGAACUAAUCCCACCAUCCCCAUGCAGAAGCUACAGGACAUCCAGAGAGCAAUGGAGCUACUCUCCGCAUGCCAGGGCCCUGCCAGGAACAUUGACGAGGCUGCAAAACGCAGAUACCAGUUUUGGGAUACGCAGCCAGUACCUAAACUAAAUGAAGUCAUAACAUCUCAUGGUGCAAUUGAGCCGGAUAAGGACAAUGUACGUCAAGAACCGUAUUCUUUGCCACAGGGUUUUAUGUGGGACACUUUAGACUUGAGUAAUGCCGAAGUGCUCAAGGAGUUAUACACCUUAUUAAAUGAGAAUUAUGUAGAAGAUGACGACAACAUGUUUCGCUUCGACUAUUCACCUGAAUUCCUGUUGUGGGCCCUGCGUCCCCCAGGCUGGCUCUUGCAGUGGCACUGCGGGGUCAGAGUGUCUUCAAAUAAAAAACUCGUAGGUUUCAUAAGUGCCAUCCCAGCAAACAUCCGCAUUUAUGACAGUGUGAAGAAAAUGGUAGAAAUCAACUUUCUUUGUGUUCAUAAGAAAUUGAGAUCAAAACGGGUAGCCCCAGUGUUAAUUCGAGAAAUAACUAGAAGAGUGAACCUGGAAGGAAUCUUUCAGGCUGUAUAUACUGCAGGAGUUGUUCUUCCUAAGCCGGUGGCCACGUGCAGAUACUGGCAUCGAUCCCUAAACCCCAGAAAAUUGGUAGAAGUGAAAUUUUCUCACUUGAGUAGAAAUAUGACAUUACAGAGAACAAUGAAGCUUUACAGACUUCCGGAUGUUACCAAGACUUCAGGUUUGAGACCCAUGGAACCGAAAGAUAUUAAAGCAGUGCGAGAAUUAAUCAACACUUACCUGAAGCAGUUCCAUUUAGCCCCGGUGAUGGAUGAAGAGGAAGUAGCCCACUGGUUCCUUCCCCAGGAACACAUUAUCGACACGUUUGUAGUGGAGAGCUCCAGUGGGAAACUGACUGACUUCCUGAGCUUCUACACGCUCCCGUCCACAGUCAUGCACCACCCUGCUCAUAAGAGCCUCAAAGCUGCCUACUCCUUCUAUAACAUUCACACAGAGACACCCCUGCUGGACCUCAUGAACGAUGCACUCAUUAUAGCUAAAUUGAAAGGAUUUGAUGUAUUCAAUGCACUAGAUUUGAUGGAAAAUAAGACCUUCUUGGAAAAACUAAAGUUUGGUAUAGGAGAUGGUAGUUUACAGUAUUACUUGUACAACUGGAGGUGUCCAGGAACAGAUUCUGAAAAGGUUGGACUUGUACUACAGUAGAUAGCUGUGUUGACUUCUAGAACUCUGGCAUCCUCAUUUGUUCAUAUCCUAUUUAAUGAUUACUGGAACCGCCAUUCCAAAGAAGAAUAAAAGCACAACCUAAGUGAAAUUGAAGUAGUUGGUAACAAU